AUGAAAGUGAUUAUUAUCAUCUGUGUCUGUGUGCUGUUGGCUUUGGGUGAUGUGGAAUGUGCACCACAGGGGCCAACGACGGAACCAAUUCCUAUCAUCCGGCAGGAGCAGGAGGUGAAUCCGGACGGUAGUUACAGUUGGAAUUACGAGACGGGAAAUGGUAUUGUGGCGGAAGAACAAGGCUUUCUGAAGAAUGCUGGAACCGAGCAGGAAGCACAGGUCGCUCAAGGAGAGUAUUCUUACACGGCACCGGACGGACAGCUCAUACGGGUGCAGUACAUCGCGGACGAGAACGGUUUCCAGCCACUUGGCGACCAUCUGCCCACACCACCCCCCAUCCCACCGGCGAUCCAGCGUGCGCUCGAAUAUCUGGCCAGUCUGCCACCGAGUGAUGACUCUUCGCGGAGGUACUGA